AAAAUAACUUGCCUGAAUAAAAAUAAAUAAAAUAAAAUAAAACCUGCGAAUUCUCCUGGAAAAAAUGGCAAAAACCGCUUCUAUUUUCCUAUAAACCAAACAGAAGAUAGAAAAAAAAUCUCUUAAAAAAUGGGGCAACAGCAAUCCAAAGGCGAAUUGCUAUAUCAGCAGGUAAGUUAUGGUAAUACCGAAGGAAUCAAAGCUCUUCACAGAGAAGGCGCACCCCUUGAGUGGGUUGAUAGAGAAGGUAAAACGCCGUUAAUAGUAGCUUGCUUGAAUCCUGAGCUAUAUAACGUCGCUAAAACGUUAAUACAGCUCGGUGCUAAUGUUAAUGCUUACAGACCUGGUCGUAAUGGCGGGACUCCGUUACAUCAUGCUGCAAAAAGAGGGCUGGUUAACACUGUUAAAUUACUUCUUUCCCAUGGAGCGAAUGCGUUGGUUAUGAAUGAUGAUUGUCAAACUGCUCUUGAAGUUGCUAGAGCUAAAGGAUACAAUAAUGUUGUCCAUACAAUUGAGGGUCAUGUUUGUUUAUUCUCUGGUUGGAUGCGGGAAUUCUACGGGCCAGGAUUUCUUGAAGUACUGGCUCCUCAGUUUCUUUCAAGAAAAGUAUGGGUCGUUAUUUUGCCAACUGGCUCCCGUAACCCUACAAAGCCUUUCAAGUUGGAGCUUGCCGUAUACUCUAGUGUACAGGAUGCCCGACCACGUACAGUGAUUGCAUUGUGGAGAGCUAAUCUAGAGGAACCAAAGUUUCACAAUUCUGAUCCUUCAGUGACAAUUGAUGACAACUCCACCAUCCCAAGAGGAAGGAGGCGGAGACGAGCGAGGCAUAGGCCUCGAACAUUUAGGCAAACGCGCAUUAAACUUGCAUCUGGAAAUGAAGGUGACAGGCAGCAACUUCAGUGGUUCUGUGAUGCAUGCAAAGGAAUUCCACAGGCAACACAUCCUCCUGUAUUUUUGCAUAAUUCUGAGUCCUCAACGUCUCAAGCAACAGCACCUCAAUCUGCUGAAGAUUUAGAAUUAGCAAUGGCGAUCAAUGCAUCCAUCCAGUCUGCCAUUACAGAGGCACCUGUUUCCGAUACUCAUUUUAGUGAAGCAAGUGCUUCUGCCAGUUCUAGCAGUCAAAGUAAUAUGUCUGCACCGAUGGCACCUCCUUCUCAAAAAACAGUUAGCAAUCCGUCGGAAGCUGAAGAUGGUGGCCCUAGUGGUAAUGUUACUCCACAAUACCAAAUCCAGAAUAAUGUCUCUACUGACCAGACGACAAGUCAAGUCCCGGAUUUACUUCCAUCAGCACCACCUAUAGUAGAUGAGGUGGUAGAAGAUGGUCCAAUUCACUAUCCAUCAAUUGAUUCUACCCCUGUCGAUUUGACUUCUCCAUCUGAAGAAAACAUACCAGCUAAGACUGGCAAAAAGAAAGAAAACGGAGAAUCUUCAUCAUGUAUCAUAUGUUUGGAUGCUCCAGUAGAGGGAGCUUGCAUCCCAUGUGGCCAUAUGGUAGGUUGUAUGUCUUGUUUGAAUGAGAUCAAAGCCAAGAAAUGGGGUUGCCCCGUGUGUCGUGCCAAGAUUGAGCAAGUUGUGAAGCUGUAUGCGGUCUGAACAUUGCGGCAUAACGACAAAACUCUAAAUGGUAAGCGUAGCCACCCCGAGGAGAAGUGGAUGGUUUCAGCAGCAUCAGAUCAGUGUAUUAGAAGACAAACAAAAAUAAGAGGCUAAAUUAUUGGCUACCUGAAUAUUUUAUAUUUAAGUGGGCUUAAUAUCUGAAGCAGGGACCUAAUGAUUGGGUACUGUUGAAGUAAAUUUUAAGGUU